AGCUGGUGAAGAUGAGCGGCCUCAACAUUUGGAGCAGUGGGCAUUAUAAUAUUAAAAUAAUCGCUAAAAAAAAAAAAAAAGAUUCACAAAUUCUGAGCGACAUUUAGUAUUAUUUUCAUUUCUGACAGCGCACUGCUUAUCUUCACUGCGGCGCGAAACCUCCGUUUAAAGCUCGUUUCACUUUCCAUUUUACUCAAGCUAGUGUGUCGCCGGCAGUAAAUAUGCGGAACUAUUUCAUAUAGACAUUGAUGUGAAAGCCCACACAGUCUACAGUUGCAUAGUUGUUAAUAAAGUGUUCGUCAAAACCUGUUGUAUAGGACCAAGAAUGAAUACGGAAAGAAGCGAAGAGGUCAUGUCAUCAGAUUACGAGAUUUCAAAGAAUCUUGUAUUAAGGUCGGUUCAGGACCAGGUACAGAGGGUGGGAAAAUGUACAGAGUCUCUUCCUGAACCGCAGCCAAUGAAUGAUGAGCAUGAGCAGCUGAUCCUGGAGCAGGUGGCCAAACUCACUAAAGACAUCGGGGACGUUCUCGACGGGAAUACAAUGUCCAGAAAAUUGAUUUCUAGUUUUGCCCUCGUGGCGACUAGAAAGAAUUUUGAGAGCCUUGUAGACAAAGUGUUUGUUGGCGGAAUCACCUGGGGGAAAAUUAUAGCUCUGAUCUGUGUUAUUGGGAAAACAGUUGCAAAGAUCAUCCAAAAUUCGCUCCCAAGCAUUGUGUCUUGGACACUGGAUUACUUCAUGAAGUAUCUACAGAACUGGAUCUGCAGAAGGGGAGGAUGGGUCAACAGUAUCUAUUCUUUGGCUCGUUACUCUAUAGAAAGAGAUUUCGGUUCCUCAUCCGGCCCGAUCACGCUCUCUUCUGUGGUCCUCUUCACCAGCGGAGCACUGCUGGGAGGCCUCUUCAUCCUGGCACUAAAGAAACGUGGCUGAAAACGGUCAGUGGAGGACUGAAAAAGUGAGAAAAGGAGAAAAUUCUGGGAUUUACACAUGCCACGGACCAAAAUGAAUUCAGUUUGGCGAUAGGAGAAGAGAAGGCUAUUAUGCAAAGUGAGAGAGGGCGCAAAAUAUAGUGCAUGUGAGAAGGAUUAAGAAUGAGGGCACUUACAAUUCAUUACAUUCAGAAUAGAUGUACAGUGUAGAAAUACCAGCAAGACUUGAAAUAUCCCAGAUGCUGUACCAAGAGGACUCACUGCGAUUUCAACCUCUACCUCGUUUUCACUUUCACUCAUUGCAUUACCGUUGUUUCAACUCCAUACAUUCUGUCAUCAGACUAUUUUAAUAAAACACUCCUUUAAUUAA